AUGGUUUCGCCAGAUGUUGCGACAUAUAAUUUGCAUCCGUAUGCGAUUAUUGUGUUGCCAAUCCCUCUUGCCAUAUUGUCGAGUAUUGCGAUCUCGAUACGGAUAUGGAUACGAUGCUUUAUGGCGCGGUCGUUUGGUCGUGAUGAUGUUUGCUUGAUCAUCGCUCAUAUCUGCUUCCUCGCUGCUUGUGGAGUAUUUAUUGGCAUUGGUGUGACUGAAUACUAUGAAGGUCUCGCUCCCAUUGUCAAGCUCGCCGAGCUGAGCAUACUGGGCAUCUCGCUCUAUCUACUAAACCAAUGUUUCUUCAAGCUCUCCAUGGCCUUUUUCUUUCUCCGGAUUCCCAACAAACGCAUUCAUCGCUGGAUCAUCAUCAUCAGCGUCACAAUCUCCAUAAUCUUCAACCUGGUCCUCCUCGGCAUCUCAAUCGGCCAAUGCGGCAACAUCGCCACAAUCGACCUCAAUCACCCCCACUGUCUAUCCUGGAACAUUCAAGGCCCCUUGAACUAUUUCUGCGCCUCUCUAAACGCCGCAGUCGACUGGGUCUUUGCCAUCCUAGCCAUUUACGUAGUGCAAGGCUUAAUGAUGGAUACACGCAGCAAAAUCUCCGUAUACGGCAUUAUCCUACUAGCUUCAGCAGGCAGCAUAGUAAGCAUAGUCCGCAUCCCCUACAUCCCCGGCCUCCGCCUGGACAAAAGCUACUACUCGCAACAAAACGACAUCAUCGCCUAUACCUCUCUCAUAGAAUCUGCAAUCGGUAUAAUCGUAGCUUCGAUGAGUGUGAUGCGACCUUUGAUUUCCAAAAUCCGGGAAAGGGCAAAGAUUGCUCUGUCUUCUGAUUCACGCUCGCGUUCGAGUGGGAGGAAAUCGAGACAGCAGGCGCCGGAGAGGAUAGAUCUGCCAAAGGGGAGUGGGAGUGGGAGUGGGAGUGGGAGUGUUAGGUUGUAUCAGGCGUUGCCGGAUCCGACGCCUACAGUGGAGGAGGGGGAGACGAUGAAUGGGAUCGAGAUGGAUUAUUUGAGUUUGAAGGGUAGGGAUGUGGAAAAGGGUAUGGGGACUACGAUGAUGUAUAAAGAGUUUCGAACUUGA